AUGGCGGGAGCAGCUGCUCCCCUCAUUCAGACUCAUGCUGCCGAUGGGGGGCUCAUGUCGUGUUUGGCCAUAGCCCGGGUCAAGCCCGAGCUGGUCACACACAUGAAGGAUGUCCUCAAGAUGGAGAGCCUCCAGGACUUCUUUUUCUACGUGUCCAAGGAGGCAUGGGAGGCCGAGCUGGAUUCCAAGGUGGUCAAGUUGGCCGUGGAGGCGAGCAUCAUCACCGAGGGCAUGAAACCCAUUCAGUUGGCUCGGGUUCGGAUGGCUUGGCAAUCCGCUGCGAAGCUUCAGGACUCUGCCUCUGCACUUGCUUCUUCCGCUGCGAGCUCGUCCGAGGAUCCUUUGCCCGAGACUGCCAGGCAGAUGCUGGAAGAGAGGUGGAAGAAGCGGUAUCCCGAGUUCUCCUUGGAUCCCGCGAUCAUGGGGGCCUCUGCGAUCAUUCAUCGUUUAUAUCGGGAGUGGAUCCAGGGUCAGCCUUCUUCAGUGGUGGAUUUGCAGAAGAUGCGAACGGCGCUCGCCGAGCGGUUCCAAGGAGACAAGCUUCAGAUUGCUUUGGGGGAUGCGACUUUGACCCUCGCAGACUACACCACAUCCACGUCUAGGCUCCAUUUUCGAAGCAUGGCCCACUUCUACUUGAUGCAUCGUACUUUGACGAACUGUUGGGCCUAUGUGGGCACAGCGGAGGUCGAGUCUAAGAACUCGCCGGGUUCCCAGGUGCUCCUUAUGUCCUACCAGCAGGCCCUCGGGUACUCUGAUACGAUCCUCAGAAAGUCCGUGGACGUUCCGGAAAGUGCUCAGCUGGCUUGGGUUGUUCGCAACGACUGGCUCACUCGAUCGCGCAUGACGGGCGGGGCCAAACGCGUGGCCGACCCGCCGCAGCUUCCUGAUGGAGAACGGCCGCCCAAAAAGCCACCGCAGACAGCUGGGUCCCCAUCGAAGGAUUUGCGCACUCGCCAGCAGACGGUGACCACGCUGAAGGGCAACAAGGCGCUCUGCAAGGCAUGGAACGACGAUCGCUGUUGUCAGCGAGCUAAGGAAGGCAUCGCCGUGGUCAGUGCCCCGAGCCCUGAUCCUAUCCACCCUUGGUCACUUCUUCAGAGCAGCUGCCUGCAGUGGAGACCCCAGAUGCACGGGUCAUCGACGAUUCUCGUCCAGCUCUUCCGCGAGUUCGUGUUGUCCAAGGUUCGGAUGAUGCUGGUGCGUUGGAGGGGCGCGCUGGAGGCUUGUAAGCCCAUAGCUUGGCGGGGUCGAGGGGAGCUACCUACCUUUCCUUGGUCGUCUUUGGGGACCUGGCCAGUCAUCGACCUUUGGGGCGGUGUCGGCGGCACUCUCUUUGCAUGCUUGUCCCUUGGACUGCGUGUUUAUGCGGUGUCCGUUGAGCAGGACCCUUUGGCGGCUGAGCGAGCCGCCCGCAGCUUCCCCAAUGUGGUUUCGUUGCAGUGUGUGGAGGAGUUCCGAGGGGUGAUGAUUCGGGAGUUUUUACAUCGUCGCACGGUGGAAGGUGUGAUUAUUGGAGGAGGCUGUCUUUGCCAAGGAAACUCCAAUUUGAAUCGCCGCCGUGGCGGCCUUGACGAUUCCCCUUAUCAGCGUCCCAAGGAGCUGGUCCGCAUUCACGACGAGAUCAUCAACCUGGAGGAGGCGCGUGGGCUCAAGGUUCGCAUGUUCUUGGAGAGUGCCGCUAGCAGCCCUCGCGAAUUUGUUCGGCAGUGCAACAAUCUCAUGGAUGCGAAGCCGGUUUUGGUUAGGGCUGCUCAGUUCGGAUGGGUGCAUCGGGAUCGGUUGUUCUGGCUGGGAUCGUAUAGCGAUUUCUCUCAUGUUUGUCUGCCGCUGGGAGUGUCACUUGCUGAGUCCGAGAAGAGCUGGGCUAUUGACGUUUCGCUGUCCAAGCCCAUCCCUGCCAGUAUCAACUUGGAGAGAGGUUUUUCGUUGCACAUUGAUCCGAAAGCUAAUCUCACUGAUGCUUCUUUGCCUCGGAUUUUCACUUUCACGGCAGAGUUUUCUCAUCCUUUGGACAAGGAUUGUGCAGCUUCAGCUCAGGCCACCGCUCGUUUCCAGGAGGACUCUAGGCGAUUCCCCGUGGAGGCUUACGAGGACAUUUCGGUGGCUUGGCGACAGGGGCAGUGGCGAACGCUCACCCCAUCCGAGCGCGCUGCCAUCCACU